AUACGAUAAGUGUUCUAGGUACAGAGAGUACCUGCCCAUUGACUAAGGACAACAUGGAGAACAAGGAUGAUUUUCCUGUAGUUGUUGAUGUAGUUGGUUUUAUGCCCUUAUUACAAGUUAGCACCUCUUUGCCCAAAGUACGAUCAACACCGACAGAUAUUGACAGCCCUCAAUCAGCGCCCUUGGUUACGGCAGUGACUUUGUAUGCUGGUCAAAGCAUGAAGGGAAUUAUAACACUAGAAAAUAUUGGUAAAAGAGCCAUUGAGUCUAAUGUCAUUAACCUUGGUAGUGAUCUGGGAGAAGGUGCUCAUGAUAUUUUUAGUUUCGAUAAAGAAGAAGUUGAUUCAUGUCUCCCAUUGCAUCCUGGGAGGACUGCCAAUAUCUCUGUUGAAAUCACAGGGAUUUAUCAUAUCCCAACAAACAUUGGGAGCUCUGACAAUCUUAGCUAUGACCCUGAAGCACCAUGGGGGCUUAAUGGAACUAUAACAUUUCGAUAUUCUGGGGAACUUGAUAAAGAUCAUUUAUGCCGGCGGGUUUCCAUGACGAUAGAUGUCUCUGUUGUGCCGAGUCUUCACUGUCAUAAUUACGAACUGCGAGCAAUCCCAAGUGUUGAAUCAAAGUGUCUGUUGUUAUUUGAUGCUGACAACAAGACUUCAAAUGACAUGGAGCUGGAGUAUUCAGUUCAGCCUCACAAAGUUCUUUCAGAUAUCGGUGGAACGUCUUCAACAGAAGUCCUCAGUAUUCAAGGAAACGACUCAAAAAGAAUAAGCGUUUAUUUACCACGGUUUCUUCUCCCUGUUGACCCUGAAUACGAAAAGAGCUCAGAGAAGGACAAAAGGCUCAAGUAUUGCCAAGCAAUUAAAGAUAUGGUCAAACUUCAAUGGAAGCUUCCUGCUUGUCACGUGUCUGGCUAUGGAAACAUCGAUAAUUUUAAGUUAAAUAAAACCACCCUUCAAAUCCUUAAACCUGAUCCUAUAUUAUUUGAUGUUUCAGUAAACAACGAAACGUUCAACAGAGAGAAAGGCGUUUCAGUCACGUGUUGUGCCACUGUAACAAUCAGCGUGGUUAUUAGUAAUAAUGCAGAUAUAUCUUACAAAAACAUGUCUUUACGAUUUGAGCCGUACCAGGACCACGCGAAUGGCUAUCGUGCGAGCGAACUAAAUGGUAAAGUGGCCUGGAUCGGAGAUUUGUCAUCGUGCGAAAACGAGGUAAGUGCACGCAUAGUGAAUGAAAUAAUAACACAGGUAACCCAAGCUAAGCAUUAUAAUAGUCCAUUCCCUUAGUUCCCUUAGUUCAAUGUAGGUUAUCAAUGUU